AUGGAUUUAGAUAUUCGCGAAUUGGUAGAGUUGACCUUUACCCAUCCAGAGCUCUUCCAGCAUCUUGGCUUCCACCCGCCGCAUGGUGUGCUUCUCCACGGCCCCCCUGGCUGUGGUAAAACCCUGUUAGCCCGGGCCAUUGCAGGGGAGCUCCAAGUGCCCAUGCUAGCUGUGGCGGCCCCCGAAAUUGUGGGUGGAACGUCGGGUGAUAGCGAGCGCAGCCUACGCAACCUUUUCCGACAGGCACGCGAAGUCGCCACGCAGAGCAAGCGAGGCGCCAUUCUCUUUCUAGACGAGAUUGAUGUCAUCACGCCCAAGCGAGAGACUGCCCAGCGUGAAAUGGAGCGCCGCAUCGUGGCACAACUUUUAACUUGCCUGGAUGGCCUUGCCAUGCACGCGGACGAAGACCAACUGUAUCCCGUUAUGGUCCUAGGCGCCACCAACCGCCCCGAUUCGAUUGAUCCAGCUCUUCGGCGCGCCGGGCGAUUUGAUCGCGAGAUUUGCAUGUCGGCACGGGUUCAUAUUCUCCACGUCAUGGCCGAUAAGAUGCGCUUAGCAUCGGACGUGGAUUUCCAACACCUCGCUACACUGACGCCCGGCUAUGUUGGAGCUGACCUAAAAGCCCUCGUCAAUGAGGCCGGUAUCAACGCGCGUGUACAACCGUCCGCAAAGCGCGAAGGUUUUGCCACGACACCCAAUGUCACAUGGGCUGAUGUCGGCGCACUUGAUCAACCUCGCGGAGAACUGGAGGAAGCCAUCGUUUUCCCUCUCAAGAAUCCCGAGCUGUGCGCCAAGCUUGGGACCCGCUCGCCUCCAGGUGUACUGUUGUUUGGUCCCCCAGGUUGUGGCAAAACGUUGUUGGCCAAGGCCCUUGCGAAUGGGUGUGCUGCCAAUUUCAUCAGCAUCAAGGGUCCAGAACUUCUGAACAAAUUUGUCGGCGAAAGCGAGCGCGCCGUGCGACAAGUCUUUCAGCGCGCUCGCACCAGUAGUCCAUGCAUCGUCUUCUUCGACGAACUUGACGCGUUAUGUCCCCGCCGUGAUGAUGGUUCGUCGUCGCGUGUGACUGAACGCCUCGUCAACCAACUGCUGACGGAAUUGGAUGGUUUUGAUACCGACGAGCGGCGCCAAGUCUUUGUCAUUGGUGCUACCAACCGUCCCGACAUGAUCGAUCCGGCCAUGCUGCGUCCCGGCCGCUUGGAGAAACUUGUUUACGUGGACUUACCCAACGAGGUGGCACGACGUGAAAUUCUGCAAACCCAUUUGCGGCAUGUUGCCGUGGCAGAUGACGUCAACUUGGCCGACGUUGCUGGUGACGAGAGAUGCCAAAGGUUCACGGGCGCUGACCUGGCAGCAUUGUGCCGUGAAGCCGGUUUUGUAGCUUUGCGCCGCGUCUUAGCCACCAGCGGCAAGGGCGUCGAUGCCGUCGUCGAUGCUCCAACUAUCCUCAGAUCUGACUUUGAUGGUGCUUUGGGCAAGGUGCAAGGUUCCGUGUCUCAAGCAGAUCUCAAAAAAUAUCGUGCAACGGCCGCCAACAUUCGUGCAGGCGCUAAGCCACGGGGAGCUCAAAAAAGCCCAGUAGCAAGGGUGCACACGGGCCGGGCAUGGCCAGCAAGGGCUGUCAAGAAUGAGAUCGAAAGGCUGUCGAGACAAUGA